AUGUACCCCUCUUCUUUUCUUAUUCUUUCUUUCUCUCCUUCAGAUUUUCACAAGCGUGUAGGGGACCAAGUCAUUGCGUACAAACAAGAACAAGAAGCGUACUAUUAUGCUCGCAUUGUGGAUCUAGCACCAACAUGCAUCUUGGUACACUAUGAAGGCUGGCCACCGGAUCAAGCCAGUUGGAUCGAUUACAAUGGGGUCGUAGCAGAUUGUGAUACAGUGUCAUUUGGUCCAAAGGGAAGAGAGUCGAAGCUAUCCUGGGCAGAUUUCAAAAAGUUUUAUUAUUCAGUAGCUGGCGUCGAGUCCAGAAAGAACACUGGUCUUGUUACAGAUACCCAGAUGAACCUGCACAAUUGUCCUUGUGAAUCAGAACGCAUGAUUCAUCCAGAGCGGCCAGAACGACUGACAUCCAUUUUCGAUUCAUUACAUGCCAAAAGGCUUCUGCGCUAUUUCCGGCGUAUUCAUGCUCGAGAAGUUACUUCCAAUGAACUACUGCGUGUACAUACUUUUUCACAUGUUAGAAACUAUUAUCCGCUAUUAUCCAACAACACAGCACAAGAACAAAAACCCAUCAAAAUCACAUCCAUUGCAGCAUUACUCAAUUAUUCACCACCCUCAUCUCCUAUAUUGAAACCAACUUCCUGUGGAGUGGGAGGAGGAGGAGGAGGAGGAAGACCCAUUUUAAAAAUAGAACCGCAUUUACAGCAUCAGCAAGCAUCGCCAUCCACACUGUUCAACCCUCCAGAGCUACUGUCUCGCAUGGACUGCGGACACUUGGGCAUUUCGGUAGAUACGACAUACCAUCCUGAACAUUCUAGAACAGCUGCAAAAAUCUCGGCUGGCGGAUUGAUUGAAUUAGCAGACACCAUUGUGCGAGGAGAGCUGAAAAACGGAUUUGCAUUGAUUCGACCACCAGGACAUCAUGCGGAGAGCGAUACUGCUAUGGGCUAUUGCUUCUACAACAAUGUGGCAGUAGCUGUGUCGGCCAUUAUGGAGAAAUACCCGGCAAAAAUCAAAAAGAUACUGAUCAUUGACUGGGACAUACAUCAUGGCAAUGGAACACAAAAGAUAUUCUACGACGAUCCCAAUGUGCUUUACAUCAGUGUGCAUCGCUGGGAGCAUGGCAAAUUUUAUCCUUUUACUGGAGCACCGGAUGAAUGUGGACAGUCGGAAGGGCUUGGAUUCAACAUCAACAUUGCACUGAACGAGUGCAAAGAUAAGCCAAAGGCUAUGGGUGAUACAGAAUUUAUAGCUGCGUUCUAUCAUCUGUUGAUACCUAUCGCUAGGCAGUUUGAACCCGAUAUGAUAUUUGUGUCGGCUGGAUUUGACGCUGCAGAAGGACAUCCCGAGAAUCUUGGUGGUUAUAGUGUCACUCCAAGAGGGUUCAGCUUGAUGACCAAGAUUGUAUGUGAUCUAGCAAGCGAAUUAUGUAAUGAUAGAUUAAUAUUAAGCUUGGAAGGCGGAUAUGAACUUGAAUCACUUGCCAAUAGUGCGACAGCCAGUAUGGCACAACUCUUGUCCAACGACACGAAUUUCAAACACUCUCUUAACGGAAUCAAACCUAAUCUUGGUGCAAUUGAAUCAUUUAGAACAAUUGUAGAAAUACAGAAAAAGUACUGGCCAUGUCUACCCACGCAGAGCAACUUCAAGUUUCAACUGCCCUAUGAUUGGAAGGCAAAAGAUAGCAUCAUGAAUAGACCGAAAAGGGAUGUAAAGAAGCCCUCGUCCACAUUGAUCAUUGAGGGCUAUUGA